CGGUUCGGGCGGGGCGUGUUGGCGGCCCUCCCCUUUCCCUCUCGCGUUGGUUCCGCUCUCAGCGCUCUCUCUGCCGCCGCCGUUCUUCGCCGCUGAACCGCGCCCGUCUCCGCUUCGGGCCGCUCGGGCGUUUUCUCUCUGCCUUAAAGUCGGGUGUCUUUUAUGAAUAAUCAAAAGCCGCAGAAGCCGACGCUAUCAGGCCAGCGUUUCAAAACUAGAAAAAGAGAUGAAAAAGAGAGGUUUGACCCUACCCAGUUCCAGGACUGUAUUAUUCAAGGUUUAACUGAAGCUGGCACUGACUUGGAGGCAGUAGCAAAGUUUCUUGAUGCUUCUGGUGCAAAACUUGACUAUCGCCGCUAUGCAGAAACGCUUUUUGACAUCCUGGUGGCUGGUGGAAUGCUGGCCCCAGGUGGUACCUUGGCAGAUGACAUGACACGCACAAACGUCUGUGUGUUUGCAGCACAGGAAGACCUAGAAACCAUGCAAGCAUUUGCUCAGGUUUUUAACAAGCUAAUCAGGCGUUACAAGUACCUGGAGAAAGGCUUUGAAGAUGAAGUCAAAAAGUUGCUGCUGUUCCUGAAAGGGUUCUCAGAGUCUGAGAGGAACAAGCUGGCCAUGCUGACAGGUAUUCUGCUGGCCAAUGGGACACUUAAUGCCUCCAUUCUCAACAGUCUGUACAAUGAGAACUUGGUUAAGGAAGGUGUUUCUGCAGCUUUUGCAGUGAAGCUUUUCAAAUCCUGGAUCAAUGAGAAAGAUAUUAAUGCAGUGGCUGUCAGUCUGCGGAAAGUGAACAUGGACAACAGGCUGAUGGAACUCUUCCCAGCCAACAAGCAAAGUGUUGAACACUUCUCCAAGUACUUCACUGAAGCAGGACUGAAAGAACUUUCUGAGUAUGUUCGGAACCAGCAAACCAUAGGAGCUCGGAAGGAGCUGCAGAAAGAGCUGCAGGAACAGAUGUCCCGGGGAGAUCCAUUCAAGGAUAUAAUCUUGUAUGUGAAGGAGGAAAUGAAGAAAAACAACAUAUCAGAACAGACUGUGGUAGCCAUAAUCUGGUCAAGUGUCAUGAGCACGGUGGAAUGGAACAAAAAGGAGGAGCUGGUAGCAGAGCAAGCCAUUAAGCACUUGAAGCAAUACAGCCCUCUACUUGCUGCCUUUACUACCCAAGGUCAGUCAGAGCUGACUCUUCUGUUGAAGAUUCAGGAGUAUUGUUAUGACAACAUUCACUUCAUGAAGGCCUUCCAGAAAAUAGUGGUGCUCUUCUACAAAGCUGAAGUGCUGAGUGAGGAACCCAUCCUGAAGUGGUACAAAGAUGCUCAUCUUGCAAAAGGAAAGAGUGUGUUUCUGGAGCAGAUGAAAAAGUUUGUCGAAUGGCUCAAGAAUGCUGAAGAAGAGUCAGAGUCUGAAGCUGAAGAGGGUGACUGACCUGUGAAAAUGUCCUCACUAAAGCAAACAGGAGCUGUAGAUAAGUGUCAUGUCUCAUGUGUCCUUCUGAUUCUUACAUCCUACCUCCCUGUAUCAAGCAUGAUAUAAGGGCUCUCAUGGCAAUUUAUUUUAUUUUAACUGUUUUCUAUAGUUAUUGGAAUACUGGGUUUAGUUUUUAAAAACAUGUUUUAAGUAGCUUACAGGAGCUGUUCUAGAUUUGACUUCUUAACCUGCAUUUGUCCUUUCAGUUAUAUUCUACCUCCUGUAUUUUCUACUGUAAUAAUGUAAUUUAAGGCCUUCCAUGAUGAAAUCCAUUUUACCCCUUGAGUUUUCUCUCUCUCUUGGAGCAGACAUGAGACGGUGAAUGAGAUUUAUGGCAGUUCUGUUUGCAAAUUAAAACUGUAACAAAGCCUCCCAAGCGCAGAGGCCCCUGGCUUGUGUGGUAACUCGGUGUGACACGUCAGUCCCUCCCACUUGCUCUCAAUCUCCCCGUCCAUAGGUGGCUGUCCCUCUCCCCCAGGACUCUCUCAGCUCUUUACUGCCAGCAUAAAGCAAUCCUCUGUCCACCUGCUGGGUGAGGUGGUAGCUCAGUUCCUCCUAGAGAGGCUCUUCUGGUGCAGGGUGAGGAUGGUGGGGGUAAAACUAUAGCCCCUCACCCUGAACUUUAUAAAGGUUAUUUUAUGCUGGCAGUUGGCAGGUUAAACAGCUUCUCUGUUCCCCAAAAAGGAAGAGAUUCUGAAUGGAAAUUUGCAGGACAGCUUAUAAUUCAAGAAAGAUUUGGUAUAAGAAUGGAGUCUGUACUGUUGUAAGCUAAAAAUGAGCAUUAACUGAAAUACUGGUAACCAGAGUACAUUUAACUAAAUUAAAAGAAAAAAAAAUAGGUGAUCACAAUAUCUGUUCCAUACUACAGUGAUCUUCCUUUGUAACUUUUUUUAAACAAAUAAAGGCCAUCCUUACACUUAA